AUGGAUCCUAGAAACCCUUAUCGUUUUUCACAGCAAAAAUUUGUUGAUCUUUUGAAUUCUCAAAAAAACUCCAACGGUUAUGAUAAUCCUAUUCCUCCAAAUUCCGCACAAUCCUCUCAGCCUGUCCUGUUUUGCUUUACAUUUUCUUCUCAGCCUGUACACUUUAGCCCUGAAUUCUCUUCUCAGCCUCUUAACUUUAGCCCGACAUCUGAAUCUGAAGACUGUAUCGAGGUUAUAGUAGAUGAGAAUGAAGAAGACGCAGGCAGAAGAAGUAGGAAGCGGUGGAGUGCAGAGGAAGAUGUCAAUCUCAUAAGCGCUUGGUUAAACAUAAGCAAAGAUCCAGUUGUAAGUAAUGAGCAGCAGAUAGAUAGUUUCUGGAAGAGGGUAACAGACUAUUACAAAGCAAAUGAUGGAGCAUCCGGUUCAAACGCAAGAGGGCCUUCACAAUGUAAGGCUAGGUGGAACAAGAUAAACCACCAAGUCAACAAGUUUGUUGGGUGUUACGCAAAAGCGAGUGCAAGAAGGAAGAGUGGAGGAUCGGAAGAUAAUGUGAUGAGCAUGGCAUAUGAGAAAUGGAUCCCAGAAGAAUGUAGCCAUAAACAGACUAAGUUUGCUUCUGAAGGAGCAUACUCAGCUACUUCGAGCAAUGAUGGAGCUGAGAUGAGGCCUCCGGCGGUUAAAGCUUCCAAGAAAAAAGGAAAGAAACCGGAAUUUAGUAGUGAUGUGGAGGAUGGUUCUAUCGGUAAGUUAGAUAGGAUCAUAGCAAUGAAGGAUCAAGAACAAGCGACUAAAGAGAGGCACACCAAAAUGAGAUUGCUAGACAGUCUGCGUAACAAGGGUUUUGGGACGACAUAUGAAGCUGUCUCGUUGUCAUGUGAAGGGAAACAUGUUGGUUGUCAAGCGAAUGGAAGUUGUCUUGUUAUCAAAGAUGUGUUGUGUUUUAACCCGUGA